UUCCCCCCCUCGCACCAAACUGUCAACCUGGAUGACAAUCUGACAACAUUAUCUGAGAGUUUGAGGAGAAAGUAAUCAUGCAGAUGUGUGAAUCCAGGGUGUCCUCUGUCAUCCAGGAGUGGAUGAAUCCAUACCCGAACCAGGCCCACGUGACACUGAACCCGACAUCUUCAAGCCCUGCCGGGUCAACCAAUUUGGGUGCAAUGGACAUGAUAUCAUACAGCCAGUCUCAGGGAUUGAGAGGGAGCAGUGAGGACAGAAUAGAUGAGCAGAUGAUGGGAUUGUCGUACUUGCCGUACACAUCUUCUUGUCUCAACAGCACCACAAGUUCAGGGAACCACCAUCAGAACCAUAGCGGCAAUCUGCAGGAGUUCUCUCCUCCUUUCAUCUUGCCAACCAUGCGUGCGCCGAUGGCCAAGAGAAGCAUCAGCAAGGACAGCGCAGAAUACCGGCUCCGACGCGAGAGGAACAACAUCGCGGUGAGGAAGAGUCGAGACAAGGCCCGCAGGAGGAUCCUGAUGACCCAGCAGAGGGCCCUGCAGCUGCAGGAGGAGAACCAGAAGCUGCAGAUGAAGAUCGGGCAGCUCUCACAGGAGCUGGACACUCUCAGACAUAUCCUGUCCCAGCAGCACCUGCCGGGGGGUGCAGAGGGGGCCGCAGGGGUCACCGCUAUCUGAGCAAAAUCUCACAGAACAAUCAGUCAGUCAUACUGUAGCUCACUGAACUCUUUAUUAGGUACAGUGCCCAACACACGUUUUAGACCACCUGUCAUAAAAACGAGGAGACCUUGCAGCAUCAUAAAGAGCUUCAAUGUGCACUCUUUCAUGAGAAUGUUUUACCCUUUUGAAUGGGAAUCAGCAAUUUAAUACUUCUUUUUAUUUCCAAAUUCACUGGGCAUCAAGCAUGGCAUUCAACCACUAAAACCGAAAUUUCUGUUCAAGAAUGUGAG